CCAAAGGACACUGGCAAUAAUGAAGAGAGAGAGAAGAAGCUGCUUGACAGGUCUCCUCCUGGCAAUGAGGGUACCAAGUUUGUCGACAUGCCUGCCACAGUUCUCGAUGUCACCGGUGCCAUCAUCAUGUGGUAUCUCCCAGGAGCACUCACAGACACCACCCAGGAAGAAAUUUGGAAGGCCUCACAAUUACUGACUCCCACACUCGAAAAAAGUGUGAAAGUCAGUGGCAGCCGGAGGACUAAUGAAGAUGACAUCGCUGCCGGAUGCAUCAAUAUAUCCCCAACUUGGUUUCAGCAGGGGCAUGAGCGAUUGAUAGAUCCUCUCGUAAUGUCGGAGUCUUACAACUCAAAGGAGGUCCAAAAAUGGCUAGGAGCUUUAACAACAUCAGAACUUCUAUGGAACUCCAUUACCGCAGCAGUGGCACCAGAACUUUUUGAAUCAGGCUCCUCUGCAUUUUCCAAGGUU